CUUUCUCCCACUCUCAUUUUGCCGUUUUGUUCCUUCACUUUCGCAAAAUGUCGGACAUGGAUGAAGACGACAUUGCGAUCGACGACCCGCGUCGCGCAAACCACAACGCGCUGGAGCGCAAGCGACGCAUCUUCCAAAAGGACCGAUUGCAGGAGCUCAAGCGAUGCGUCCCGUUCAUCAAGGAUGCCAAGUCGUCGACUGUGGAAAUCCUUCAGAAAUCCACAGAGUACAUUGCCUAUCUCCGAUCGAAGCAGACCGAGCAGGAUGCGCAACUACAGUCCAUGCGAGCCAUCCAAAAGUAUCUCGUCGACAAACUCCGCGAGUGUACCAACGGCGCAGUCACUCUGCCCGAUAUCCCGCUUGCUCCGAUUCUCGUGCCACCACCAGCCGUCGUUUUCACCGAGCCCGAAGAACAGGACGACUCGCCGCCACCACAGCGCGAACGCACAAACAGCCGGUCGCAACGCACUCGCUCGUCCAUUUCCACAUCGUCCGCUUUAUCCGCAAUGACCAUGAACGACACCCACCCGACUCCCCCGAUGCCGACGUCCCGCACGGAUACGCCCUUGUUUGUUGGAGAUGGUAUUGGUAGUGGUAGUAGCAGUCGUAGCAGUAGCAGCGCCAGCAAUGUCAGUAGCAUGGCCACCGCCAGUAGCAUUGCCACCGUCAAUGGCGGUGACGCUGCCAACAGCUUGUCCAAAAAACGACGACACGAGCCAGAAACCGCCUCGUUCGACUCUGCGCAGCACGCACAACAACAGCAAAUUCAUGCACAACGCGAAAAGACGCGCGUUCAGAUGCAACAGCAAGGCCGUCCUCGGCGCAACACUGACGGUGGCGCCAUGCACCAGCAACCUGCACCACCAACAAGCGAGUUUUUGGCGCCCUCCCAAGUGCCUCCGGCUCGCCGAAACUCUCGCAGCAGUCAAAGCGGAGACAACACUGUCUUCCCCGCCCCGACCAUCACCGGCACUCCCGCAAUCACCGUCAACGGAGCGCCGACGUCAAGCACACCCACUUCCGAUGUCCAGCUCUUUGCCGACUUUUGCAACACGGUUCGGCGAAACAGCGUAUCUGGUCCGCUCCCGGCGCACGAGAUGCCAUUCCACAGCAAUCCGGUGCACCAGCAACCCAAACGAGAGCGCCUGUCCGAAUCUGACGACGGACGACCCGACGGAAGUGCCAGCCGACCUGGCGCUGCCCCUAUUCUUCCCGGCCCGGGCAGCGGCGCGUUUUACCAAGGCCCAAUCGGCGGCAGCUAUGAAGGGAUGCCUGACAAUGAGUAUUCCGGGCGCAUUCGGGCAAAUACGUACAAUGGCGCGGUGCCUCCGGCGCCUGGAUUCUCGCCCUUCCAGCCUUACUACUCGCAGAUGCACCCCCACGCACCGCACGGCCAACCCAUGUACCCAUACCAAGGCAUGCAGCAGGUGCCACAUCCCUACAUUCAAAUGCAGGGCUUGCCACCAAGCGCUGCUGGCGGGUUUCUGCCGUCCCCAUACGUCAAGUAUCCUCGCACGGUGCAGUCCAGCAACGGGUUUGUUGCUCCCAAUAACAGCGUCUGUGAGCCUGCAGACUUAAUGUCUCACUACGCAGGCAGCAACAGCGGCAGCUACUUUUACCAGAGCGUUGCGCCGUCGUCCAUGAAACCCUCGCACUCGCUCAGCGGAUUCCCGCACUCUGCAAACGCGGAUGGCCGGCGGUUGCAAGGCCAUGCCGAGGAAGCCGACGAAGACGACGAGGACGCAGAAAGCAGCAGCGACGGCAGCGAGCACAACGGUCGUCGCAACGGCAAUAGUUCGACGAGCGAGGAUAUUCGCUGCGUGUGUGGCUCCACGGCCUGGGAUGGCAAAUUCAUGCUUGCCUGCGACAAAUGCCAAAAGUGGCUCCACGGCGAUUGUGUCAACGUUCGUCCGCGCUCUGUUCCGAAAGUUUGGCACUGUCCUUCCUGCGCUUCGAACGCAUAACCCCCAGCAGCAGCACGCUGAUUCAUUCGUGGAGUCGUAUUUCAAGUUGCGUCUAGAGCAAGAUGAAUGGAGCUGCUCAGGCAAGUUCCGGAUUUGAGAAAUCGCUAUCGGGUCGAGCUGGUGUGUUUCUUGCUGUAGUUGUUUGAGUUUUGGUGUUUUUCAUGCGCUCUCCUUUCUUUUUCUUUUUUGAAGCUCUUGCUUUUUCUUCUUUGGUUUGCCGUGUCGUUUUUCCCGCUCCUUUUCGUCGGUGCGUCCGAACCACCGUUACACUAGCGAUUGCUAUUAUUUCCUACGGGUCGAUUUGUGUUUUGCCUGUGAAUACAUUGUUUUUGGAAUGAA